AUGGCAGAUGCGGAAGACAUAGAGAAACGAUUGGAAGAAGAAAUUGGUAAUCUAUCCACACGCUUGGUUACUGCUGUCAACAGGCAGGUUGAAUUGGAGGAAACUGUAUUGCACCUACGCAAGACUAUCAAUGAUCUACAAUCUAAGAAUGCAGUUUUGACUAAAAGUGAUGAAAACUAUCAAAUGAUUUUACCGAAAUAUCUCAAGCUUCAGGAAGAUUAUAAGGAGGCGAACAUCAGAAAGGAAGUUGUUGAGAAUGAGAAUAAGAAAUUGAAUAUCGAAGUUGAAGAGUUGACCUCCUCCUUGUUUGAUGAAGCAAAUACAAUGGUUUCAAACGCUUCAAGAGAAACUUAUAAUUUCAAGAUCAAAAACAAGAAAUUGUUUGAAGAGAUUGAUGAAAAGAAUAUCAUUAUAAGUAAUCUACAGGAUCAGUUGCAAGAUUUGAAACAGAUGUUUCUCAAAAUGGAAGACAAACAGCGUGUAUUGUUGUUCUCAAGUCAUAAUGGCACCCCCAAGCUCGAUCAAAAGGAGUCCAGCCUUGACAAUGCUUCUGUUGGGGAUGAUGAUUACCAAACACAACAAUUGUCGAGCAGUCUAUACGCCCCGUUGAUUACGUCUUUACGAUUUGAUUUAAAUAACUACAAUAAGGAUUUCAAAGGGUUUGUCUAUACUUUGAUCAAACCAGCUUUCACCCUUGAUUUAGCCCACUUGAAGAACCUCGCUUUUUUUAAACAAAUUUGGACGGAUGAGAUUGAGAAUACCGUUGCGCAUAUACCUAACCUCCCAUUUACCACAUUACUCAAUCGAUGGCAAAAGUACAAGGUGUUUUGGAGCUCACUUAUUGAAGGAAGGGUCUCUAUUGAACCAGUAAAAGGGUAUAGCGAAGGAAGUUUGAAGCAUGCAAAUGAAAAAGAAGUUGAUCCUGAAUUGUUGUCGGUUACUAUCAAGGAUCCUUGUUCCUUUUGUGGAGAAUCGAGGAGCACCUCUUUGGAACAUUGUCGUCUUCAUCUUUACAAGAUUUUUGAAGUGGAUGAGGUGAUGGUUGCUUCUUACCCCUUGUGUCAUUAUUGUGUUUUAAAAUUGCGCAAUUUGUGCGAUUUCUUUGCCAAAUUAAGGGUUAUCAAGUCUAAUGUAUUCAAGUUGAAGCAGCUACAUCUUUUUGAUGAGUAUGCAAACCGUGCAGCAGUAACAAGUACCAUUGGCUCGAAUUUUUAUAAACGGGCGAGCACAAGCUCAUCGUCUGGUACUAGACCAACCACAAGCUCAUCCACGGGAGUAGGAGUAGGAGCAGCAGUAGCAGCAGCAGCAAGUGAUCCGGAUUUGACAAAUGGUCAUGUAUACGAUUUGAAUUUGGAUGAUGAGGAAGAAUCAAAAUUGAUCAAGAUUUACCUUUUGCUUGCGCAAAGCAGGCUCAAGAUAUUUUAUUCUAAAUUAGGAUUGAGAGAGAGCGUUAAUCGUUUGAACGAGUUGAAUAUUGAGGAAAUACAUUAUGAAGCAUUUUCGAGUUUGAUACCGGACAGAGGAGAGAGAAGGGGUGCUAGUAGAGAGUCUGACACUACGACAAGCAAAUCCUUUGAUGCAACCACAUUGAGUCCGAGCGAUACCUCUGCUGCAAAAAAGUCAUUUGAUUCGGUUGCUGCUAGAAAGUCAAUUGAGGAAGAGGAAAGAACAGAAACUGUAGAAUCAAACGAAUCGAUGAAUGCUGACGAAAUCAAAGAGUCGGCACCAGUGUCGAAUGACACUAGCACCUCAUACAAGAUCGUCCCGCCAUCGUCAGUGAGCAAGUCAGAAGGUCCGCAAUUGGCAACUCCUGAAGACGAUUCCGAUGCCCGUGAGUUUGAAGACGCAAAGACCGAAUGGAGAUCAGAGCCAAAACUGGAAGAAUCGAAACCUCGGCAAGAUGCGAAUGAACCUACGCUGAAACCGAGUCUGGGAUCAAACCUGGCAAUUAGUUCACCGGAAAAAGGAAAGCCUCAAGCAGAGCUCACAGAGGCCCAAUUAAUCCUACAAAAAAUGAAGACUAAACCAAACAGUCCAGAGGCAAAGAGUAACAAUGGGUUGAAACGGUCGAAAUCCAAGAGCAAACAAUUCAAAGCCAAGAUGGAUAAAGAGUUGGAUCAAACACUUGAAAUGUUGGCUGAGAAUAUGGAGGCUGAUGGAAGCCAACAUUAG